AUGAAACGUGCCAAACAAAUCAACGAACUCAAUCAGAAAGAACUCGCACUCGGAUACACUAACACAUCGUCUUCGUGGCAUCAACAAGAAAAAAACAAAACAGCCUAUAUUUAUGUCGGAGGUUUGGAUUAUCGGCUCACGGAGGGAGAUUUACUUUCUGUAUUUUCUCAGUAUGGAGAAAUUGUGGAUAUUGAUUUGGUUCGGGAUGAACAGGAAUUAACAAGUAAAGGGUUUUGUUUUAUUGCGUAUGAAGAUGUACGAUCGACAAUAUUGGCUAUUGACAAUUUGAACGGGAUUGAGUUGGGAAGUAGAAUUAUUUGUGUGGAUCAUGCUCCGAAUUAUUACAAGAAAAUAGUGGAGGAUCCCGAAGGAGACAAGAAUCCAUUAAAAGAUUCUUCACAUCAUCGUGGAAGAAAUUCAAGACAUCGUUCUCAGAGAGAACAAAAAGAGCAACAAAAACCGAAAUUUGAAAAUAUGGAAAAGAACGGAAUGAUUUACAAGAGGCCACUCCAGAGCUUGGGAGCCACCUCUACCACCAUGGAACAGCAGCACCUAAUUACAGAGUGGACCAUUGAUCAUGAUGCCAUGAAGAAACGUGACCCGAAUUGGCUUCACAAAUAUCUCAUGCAAACAUUGUAUGAAGAAAAUCCAAAUUAUUAUUCUGAUGAAGAGGAGGAAUAUGAAAAGGAGGUAAAUGCUGAUGUAAAGAAACAUGAAAGGAAAACAUCCUCAUCAGUUGCAACAAAUUGUGGGGGAGCGCCUGGCGAUGAUGCCACAACCCUCAAUGAAAAACCAAAACUCAGUAAGGAAGAGAAACGUCAACGCAAAGAAGAAAAGAAAAGAAAAAAAGAAGAAAAGAGAGAACAAAAAGAGUUAAAGAAAAUGAAGAGUAUGCAAGAGCAAAUGUUUGGUGGAUUGGACGCAGAUCUUUGA